CAUCAUUAGUUGAUAUAGGUGGAUCAUUAGCCAUUGCAUCUAAAGGAAUGGUUGCUACAGGAGUUAGUACGGAUAUGAAUAUUUCAUAUGUUGGAUCAGCGAAAGAAGGAGAUAUUUUACUUAUGAAUGCAGAAUGUGUAAAGCUUGGUAAAACACUUGCAUUUACUAUUAUGGAACUCUACACCAAAACCGAUGGGAGAUUAAUAGCUCAAGGUAGACAUACUAAAUUCGUUGGCAUCGCACAUAAUCAUCCAAAUAAUAUAUUUAAGAUUAACAGUUCAAAGAUGUAA